AUGGAUUCCUAUCCAUCUGCUUCAAGCUCAAAGUUUGUUGAACUAUUAAAUAGUCAACAAACUCUUUCCUUUGGAAACAAUGAAGAUAGUGUUGAACUAUCUUCAUCACAACUUCCAUUUCAAUGUUCAUUUGGUAUAGAAGCCUCUAACUUUGAUGGAGAGACGGCUACAGAGCGACGGAAGUGGACUCCAAAGGAUGAUAUUUUGCUCAUCAGCUCGUGGUUAAACACGAGCAAAGACCCAGUGGUUGGGAACGAGCAAAGAUCAGGCGCUUUUUGGUCAAGAAUUGCUGCCUACUUUGAGGCAAGCAGAGAGAGCCAAGGGACUGAUGCUGGCGGCGAACAGAGAGAGCCGACCCACUGCAAGCAGCGUUGGCACAGGAUCAACGACCUUGUGUCCAAAUUCUGUGGAGCAUAUGAGGCUGCAACUAGGGAGAAAAGUAGUGGCCAAAACGAGAAUGAUGUUCUCAAGCUAGCACAUCAAAUCUUCUACAACAAUCACCAGAAGAGAUUCAUGCUUGACCACGCAUGGAAGGAGCUGCGCAACGACCAGAAGUGA